AUGGGCGCAAAAGUGACGACUCAAGCUCCACGCUUUCCACAACUCCCACAGCUUCCGGAGAUGCCUCAGUUACCGCAGUUACUGGGGCUUCCACGUAUCGAACAGAUGACGUUGGGUGACGAUGAGUCAGAACACCUGGAUCCCCUUCUCAAAACUGCAAUCGAGCUCGGUGGAGACUACGAGUUCGCGAGCAACUUAGAAACAGCUCUGCCAAUAUCACCUCCGAAAGACGAGCCUCCGGGGCCUCCGAAAGAGCAGGACACACCACAGAAAGCGCAAGCACCUCAACCGCAAGACAGUACUGAACAAAAGGCACCACAAAAAGAAAAAGGAAAGGUGCCCCAAGUCAGCGAGCCACAAAAACCGAAGCCGGUACGGGAGAGCCCAGCAGCUAAAGCGGAUGAGCCGAAAGUCAGCGAGCCCCAGAAACUGCGACAGGUACAGGAGAAAGCAGUGGAGAAGGCGAUUGAGCCAAAAGCCAGUACACCUCAAAAAUCAAAUGCGCCCCAGACUAAGGCUCCACAAAAGGCACCAGAAAAAGCAGAUGCGCCUCGACCGAGAACGCCACAGAAGAAAACUCCUGCUCCUCCAUUACUACGCAAGACUCAGAAUAAAAACGCACCAAAGAAACGGGUCCAACCACCGCCUAAAGAGGCUACUCCACCAGCUGCAAAAUCGCCAGUUGUGACUGCAGCUUCGAAAAAUCAAACGUCGGAUCACGAAAAGUCUAUGGUGAAGACGGCAUUACUUGUACGUCCACCUAAGGAUCAGGAAGCAGUAGCUGCCCCGUGGGCCAGGAAUUACGACACCUUGAAACCACUACCGCCUUCAAGUGAGGUGUUCACCAAAAUCGUGCCCGUGGUGAAUAAGACGAAAUAA